GGUUUUAAUAUUGAUAUGCUUCUAACAAGGUCAUAUCCUAAAUGAGGCUAUAAGUCAUUUUUUUUCACUACUUUCAAACAUGUUUUUUUUAUUUUACUUUUUAUUCUUUUUGGUCUUCCAAUUUAAUCGCUCCUCUUAAUAAGUAUUGUAUAGUCCAUUUAAAUCUACUCUCUCUUUUUAACGUUUAUUGGAGCCAUACUUAAGUUAUCAUGUAUAUAUUCAUUUUGAAUUAUACUUUCGAUUAUCUUGCCAUUCAUUCAUCUCAAUAUCUUAGUUAUACUCAUCCGAUAGAUAUGUUGAUAUUUUAAUGAAUUUAUCGAACCCAUCCUCUCCUCUCUCUCUCUCACUUCUCUUGUUCCAUCGCUCUCAAAGGGCGCGUGCUUGAUUUCUAGAAGAUGCAGUUUUGGGAAGCAGAUACUCCAAAAGUUUCAUGAUCCACUGUCCAACUGGUGGUAUCUACUUUGUAGCGCAAGUAGAUAUCUAUUUACUGUAAUACUUCCUCGAUAUCAAUCAGAUAACUUCCGGUUAUCCAACUGAGAAGUGCUGUGGACACUGAAAUCACAAAUCAAGAACGCCCAAUAGACAAAGGACCCCCUCUCUCUUUUUCGAUUUACCGUCUCUCUGUAAGAAAGGAAGCAAAGUGGAUUCUAGAGAGAGAGGUUUAACCCUAUAGAAGUGGAUUUUAGAGAGCGAAAGAUGAGAACCAUUAUGAUUUUCUUUGCCUUGCUCUCGUACAAUACUUGGAAUACAGCUCUAAUGGCUCAAAGGUGAUUGAUUUGUGCUUCUAGCAAGAUGCUCGACUGAAAACAGUUGAACGAGAAUCUGGGGUUUCUUUCUCUGAGUUAACCAACAGGUUUUAACACAUUUCUUCCCAAAAAAAAUGGACAAAGUCACCAAAAAGGUCAAUCCUUUUCGCCUCGCGACCCUACUCCGCCUUGAAAAGGAUCCCAAAAUGGCCCUGCAACUUUUCCAAAGCCCUAAAAUUGGUAACCCAUCUUUUCGCUACUCUUCUCUUUCAUAUGAUCUCAUUAUUCAGAAGCUUGGUAAGGCAAAAAUGUUUGAACAGAUGGAAGCAAUUCUUCAAGAGCUGCAGAAAGAGACCCGCUUCACACCUCCGGAACAACUCUUCUGUUCUGUGAUCAAAUUCUAUGGUCGCGACCGGAAGCCCCAAAUUGCUCUUCAAACUUAUGAGAGGAUUCCUUCCUUUCGAUGCCCAAGAACUGUUCGAGCAUUGAACACACUCCUUAACGCACUCCUCAAUUGCAGAGAUAUGGAAACCUUUGGUCGAAUCCAUGAUGAACUUGAUCAAUAUGCUUCUCCUGAUUUGUGUACUUACAAUAUUUUGAUUAAGGCCUGUUGCUUGAAUAAUUCUCCCGAUCAUGCUUUUCAGAUGUUUGAAGAGAUGGUCUCUAAUGGAAUCCAGCCCAAUGCAAUAACCUUUGGGACUCUAAUAACUAGUCUUUGUUCGAAUUCGAGAUUAAAUGAAGCUUUUCGACUUAAGGAAGAUAUGGUCUGGUGUUUUAAUGUGCAGCCUAAUUCACUGGUUUAUACUUCAUUAAUGAAGGGUCUUUUUAAGGCCAAUGAAUUAGCCCGAGCUUUUCAAUUAAAAGAAGAAAUGGUGGAUAAUGGAAUCGAAUUGGAUUCGGGUGUUUAUUCCACAUUGAUUGCAGGGCUCUGCAAUGCGGGUAGAAUGCAAGAGAUUGAUGGACUUUUAAAAAAGAUGAAAUCAAAUGGGUGUGAGCCUGAUAUAGUGACUUAUAAUGCAAUAAUUUGUGGACUUUGCAAAGAAGCUGAUCUCGAAUCGGCUUUUGGAGUUCUUAAUGAGAUUACAAAGAAGGGUCAUUGCAAGCCUGAUGUUUUCACAUAUAACAUAUUGAUUGGAGGACUUUGCAGACAGGGAAGAGCAAAAGAGGCAGCUGAGCUUGUUGAAGACAUGCCAAGGAGGGGCUGCUUCCCUGAUGUUGUGACUUAUCGAAUUCUUUUUGAUGGUUUAUGCCGGGAGAUGGAGUUCGCAGAGGCAGGUCAUCUCUUGGAUGAGAUGACAUUUAAGGGCUUCUAUCCCCGCAGUGCACAUAAGCUUGUCGAAGGCUUGUGCAAGACAGGGGAUCUGAAGUUGUUAGACAGUGUGUUGAGUAAUAUGGCAGAGGGGCUUAUAAUGGAUCUAUCUGCUUGGGAAUUGGCAGUUGGUACAAUUUUAUGUGAGAACAGAAGUCAGGAGCUGCUUACUGUAAUUGACAUAAUCAAAUCUGCAUGAAUGGAGGAUUGCUUACUGUAGUUGCAGUAAAUGGAACUCAAAACAUUGUAGCA